CGCCUGCGAAAAUUGAAUCAGCAACUAAGUGCCCUUCUCCGCCGCGGACAUCCGCUGCAACCGGUGGCAGCCAUUUGACUUACUAGAUUGCAGUAAUGCCGAAGAAGAGUAACGGAAAUUCCGACAACCACGACGGAGAUGAGCCGGAGGAUUUCGUCAUUCCAUCUUCCAGUGCCGAAUCACAAGACGCCGAUGAAACCGAGGAAGAAAGCGACGACGUACAGAAUGUUCACAAGGAGUAUGUAAGCGAUACGGACAAAGAAGAAGAAGAGGAGGAAGAAAAAGUCGAGGGUAGCAAAGUCGGUAAUCGGGGCAGGAAGGAGGAUUUGGAAGUACAGAAGAAGGUUUAUAGAAGAAAGGGGAAGAAAAUAGUGGAUGGUAGUGGGCAGAGCGAGAGUGAAAACUUGAAAAUAUAUACGAGAAAGAAGAAGAUGAUAGAAAAAGAAGAGGAGGUUGAAGAAAAGGAGCAAAAUGUCGGUGCAAAAAUGGCUAAAAGCAAAAAGGAUUAUAGGGAGAAAAAUACGAAGGAGAAGAAUGAAAAGGCAAAGAAGGAAGAUAAAGUGAAUGAAGGUAAAACGGCAAAGAACAAUGGAGAUUCUAGUCGUGGAGGCAAAAAUGAAAAGAGGAACAAGAAGGAUGAGAGGAGGGAAGUAGAAGGAGAAACAAAACUAGCAAAAAAGGGAAAGAGCAAUGGAGGUUCUAGUCAUGGAGGUGUAAUUAAGAAGGAAGAGAACAAGAAGAAGAAAAGGACAGACGAAGGAGAAAGAGAAGGACAAUCAGCAAAAAAGGCCAAGAUCAAUGGUGAUUCGAGUCGGUUGAAAAAAGAAGAGAAAAAUAUGAAGAAGACACAAAAUAGAAAGGAAGGAGAUGAAGAGGCUGAAGAAAAGCUAGUGAAAAAAUCAUAUAGCAAUGGAGUUGCAAGUCCAGCUACAAAGGAGAAGAUGAAAAGGGAGAAGGAAAAGGAGGGUAAAACAAAUAAUGGCAAGGUAAAAGAUGAAGCAAUUAGCAAUGGUACCACCAAAAAGAAUGAGGAGAAGAAAUUGAAGGCAAAGAAGAAAAGGGAGGAUGAUGAAGAGGAGGAAGAUGAGAAGAGUGAGAGUGCGCUUUACCAAUUUCCCCAUAACCGAGUCCAUCGGAUAAUAAAAAAUGAAAAUGCUGAUAUUAGGAUGUUACACGAAGCAACCUUCCUUGUUAACAAAGCUACGGAGAAAUUUCUUGAAGUAUUUUGCAGGGAGGCUUAUGCUUGUUCUUUUCUGGAUCGCAAAAGUUAUGUUGGAUACAACCAUCUGUCUUCAGUUGUUUCCAAACGACCCAGAUUUGACUUUCUUUCAGAUUUUAUUCCCCAGAAAGUAAGAGCUGAAGAUGCUUUGGCUGAAAUCCCCAAGGCUGAGGAGACAUGAUCAUGGUGAUCCGGAGUUGAUGCCUUGUACAAUUAAUUUUUUGUUGUUCGUAGACAACCACUUGCUACACUAACUAGCUAUUAAGGGCAGUGACUUAGUUUUUGAUUUGCUUCAUUUGAUGACUGUGUUGGUAUCAAGUACGUGAUAUAUAUAAUGAGAGAGAAGGCUAGGGGAAGAGGGUAAAAAAAGGUGGGGUUUAGGGGCACUUGUGUUCUAAUCAGUUUAUUUCCUAUCUGUGCAGUUUAUGCCUGUAAAUAAAAAUGUAUUGUCUCU